AUGGUGUUCCCGAGAUGUACUCUGAUUCUGUUCCUACCUGUUUUGCUGAUGGCUCAAACCGAUUUCCAUGUCAAUCAUUGUGUACUCCGAUGCAAGGAUAAUCAUAUGAGAGAGAUGGACAACGAAUGGUCUCACGACUUCACACUUCCACUUUUAAAUCUACUCAAAACGACUGGCAACGAGACCGCCGCUUACAUAAAAGCCCACGCCAUUUGCACGUAUGUGUGUCUGUUUUCACUUUCGAAAUGGCUUUGUCAUAUUUCCGAAAAGAGCCUAAUGGGAUUUCGUACAGCUCAUCAAAUGAUUUGUAAUAGUUUUUACAGAAGUAAUCGUCUUUUGGAAGCUUGCGUUCGAAACUGUAACACUUCUCAAGAAGCAUCCAUUAUUCUAGCUGGAAUCCGAUCCUGGCAUGAUGCUUGUAACAACCUAGAAGGCAAGAUUUCGAAGUUUAUAGUUAGUAAUCUGAAUAUGAAGAUUCCAGAAGUCCGUGCUCAAUUCCCCUGCUGGAAAGAAAAUGGAGAGAGACUUUCAAGCGUAUGCAGAGAUCAAACUAUUCGUCUGGAGAUGGAUAUGCUGAAGUUUGCCAAGAAUCAGACUCAGGAGAAUAUUGAGACUAUUUGCAUAGAUUUUGAACACUUCUCCCAUUGCUUCAUUCAGGAGCACGGAAAGUAUUGUGGUUACCGUAGUGAAGUGAUAACCGCCAGAAUGUUUGAGAACAAUCGGGAGGCAAUGUUCAAGAUGCUGAAAAUCCGUUGGAACACUCUUCCCACAUCUUGCAAGUACACCCAACUGAGAAGAGAUACCUAUUCAAGUGACCGGUACAACGAGAACAGCGGAGUCUCGGUUGCCAUAUCCAUUGGUUUUUUGCUUCUUCCAUUUGUUCUGGUCUCUGCAAGAUACCCAAUCGAGACAUGGAGUCGACCACAAUUAGAGGAUCGGUUUCAUGGAAUUGUCGCAGAGCUACAAACGGCACAGAAGAAGAUCAAAGAUCAAGAAAAACAGAUCACAACGUAUAAGUUCAAUAGCAGAUUCAGACGAAGUAUGCUGGAGAGGAAGUCAAGAGAAGAGGAAGUUGUCGAGCGUUCUAAAUACGAUGAUGUCGUCAAGGAGAACAAAAUAUUGGACAUGAAAUUGAAGGCAGCAAAACAUCAGCUUCUUAUAUACACUGCUCCAUCCGCAAGAGCUGCGACGGCUUCUAUGAUGACUGGAAGAUCCACGUUUAGACAGCCACCUUCCACAUUCCGACAGAGACAACCAAUGACUGCUGGUACUGUUCCUAGGUCGAUUGAUAGAUCUCCUGGUAGUGUUCCAGUGAUCAGGAAAAAAUCGGAUGCUGAUAAACUACAACUGGCAACUGAUGAGAAACUCACUAUCGUUCGAUUAAACCGAACAAUGAAAAACAAGAACGAAGAAAUCGAAGAACUCAAGUACACAAUUGAGAAGUUGAGACAGGUAUUUAAAUAUUUUUUUAUACAUUGUUGUAUCUCAAUUCUUCUUCAGCGUCUUGCUAACAAUUCCAACAAUUCUGAUCCUCCAACCCGUCGAUCCAGUUCUUCAAAGUCUUCUUCUUCCAACAAUAACAACGAUGACGACGAGAAAGAUUCAGAGCUAGAAGAAAUGUCUGAAAUGUCAGAAUCUGCAAGAUCCACUCCGGUGAUGGAAGAAAAGAAGCCUAAGAAAGAAUCAAAUGGAAACAAUGUACAUUCUUCGAAUGCUCAUUCUUCCUACCAACCACCAAAAAUACCUGAUCAAAACGAAAAACAACUAUUGGAGAAGUUAAAAGUAGCAGAAAACGAUUUGGCAAUGAUUCAAGAAGAGUGUGAAUUGCUGAAAAAGGCAAACGAAAGACUAGUUCAACAAGUAUGGAGCAAGAGAAAGUUUAGAGGAGAAAAGAAGAUUGUCGAGUUGGAAGAGCAUUUAAAAGAAACGGAGAAGAGAAUUAAAGAGAGUGAACACAGGAGGAGAGAAGAUCAGAAGAAGUUUGAGGCGAUGAGAAUGCAUUAUAAGACCAAAUAUGAAAAUAUGAAGGCUGAGAAGAAGCAGAUGAGCAUGAAUUCUGCUUCUGCUGUGAAGGAAAAUGAGGAGGAUAUUGAUAGGUCUGAUUCCCCACCUCCUUUGAUCUACGAACCAGUUCGAAAGCGACAAUCUCAAAGUGACAUCAGUCGAUCGCGGAGAGCAGAUGAUGAUUUACUUCAAAAACUUUACAACGAAGUCGCAGACAUCCUACACUCUCAUGAUGUUGGAAUAGCAGAGAUGUCGGCUCUUGGAGCUGGAGAAAACAGUUUGAGUCGGUGGCAGAAAUUGUAUUCCGAACUUUAUGAAGAACUGGAAAAAGUUCGAAACAUGUUGGUAGUUCAGUAUGAUAUCAAUCAGAAACAGACUACAGAGAUCAAACUUUUGAAAGAAGAACUAGAGAGAUUGAAGACUGUUAGUGCUGAAAUUCUAACUAAAUCUAAAGAGGAGAUGGAACAGAAGCAGAAGAAGAUAUUCAUGUUGGAAGAGCAGAUUCGGGUUAUUGCUUACUCCGGACAACAGCCUGUGAAGCUUCUGUCAAACCAGAUAAACAUUCCAACUCCAAAAGUGAACACCAAUUUAUUUGUGAAGCUGAUUCAUGUUAAACCAGCGGCAUCUCUCACAUCCAAAUUUUUCUUCUCUAUGGAAUUUUUCGAUUUCCAACUGGAAACCUCCCCAAUUUUGGAUCCAAAAGAACAGAAUAUUGAGUUUACUACAGUUUAUGAUGUUUUGGUGAGCAAUCUGCUUAUUCAUUACUUACAAACGAACGGAGUCGUAAUUGAAAUGUACCGCCCGGCAAGUGACUGUUAUAAGCUACUUGCCGCUGCAACAAUCUCAUUAAUUCCAUUGUUUGAGGAUAACGUUGUUCGCAAAUUCUGUUCAGAGAUUGUUAUGAAAUCAGUAGAUUCUGGAGUAGACAUGUGCACGUUGAGAUACGAAAUCGAAGUUUCUCAACCGAUUUCAGAAAGCUUCAAGAAAUUCAAGAAAAGUGAAACUGCUAGAAACAUGAUGCCAAUAAAAUUAGAAUCCAAUGAAGAAGAUGAGAAUAAUUUUGAGCCAUUGACUAUUAUGGUAAAUAGGCUAGUUGGAUUGGAUUCUCUCGGUAAAGACGGAUCAUCUGAAUUCUGUAUCGUCUACGAAUUCCUCUCAUUCUCGCCAUACUUCACUGAUUUCUCAACAAGUCCGGAGAUCAGAUCAAAAAGAGAUUGCUUUAUUCCGAAGAACGAUAUAGCAAGAAACUUGUUUGCCAGUUCGAGCAUUUCAUUCUUCCUCAUCGAGAAUAUCCCAAAGCAGGAUGGAGUAAUCGCCACUUUGCAUUUGCCAUUACACCCACUUUGCAAACUCGGUGGAUCAAUAAAAGGAACUUUCCCGAUGCUUGACACCGAUGGGCGUCCAAGUUCCGUAUAUCUUGAUCUUUGUCUGAUAUGGAAACAUGAGAUUCCGUCGUUCUUCUUAAAACCAGAGCCAGGAAAGCUUGUGGAGAAUACACCCGUUAAAGACACUCCGAUUCUGCCGCAGCCAGUCCGACGAUCGUCAAAACAAUUUGACGUGACACCAGUGGCAGACGAUGAGCCGAUUCUUCGGGAAGAGAUUCCAGACCCUCCAGCACCUUCUGUAGCUCAAAUACUUUCGAAUAGAAAAGACUCUACAUCUUCUACAGACACUUCAUUUUCCAGCAAUUCGAAGGAUAUGUUCAGUCCGCCAGUGGCAAAGAUCACACCUCAAGUGUUCGACUAUGAGCUUCCUUCAUCUGAUCCUCCUCCAUUAGCUCCAGCUUUAGAGCAUGAGGAAGAAGAUCGAAUUGUUUUCGAAGAUGAUGAUGAAAUCGAAUCCGUGUCUGCAGUAUCGUCACAUCGAGAUUCAGAACCUCCCCUUUUCCCCGAUGAUCCUACUCCACCUCCUCCAAUGGAAGAAGUUCCAGAGAUCCAACCAGAGACCACGAAAGAAGAAAAGGAACUGACACCAAGGGCGGAAAGUCUAGAAAUACCCAAAGACAUUACUCCUCGUAUGGAAAACGUUCCUCCAUUAGUAGGCAACGAUCAAGAACCUCAAGUUCAUGAAAGUGUAGAAUCCACUCCAAUUACUCAGCGAUCAGUGGAAGAAGUAGUUGGAGAGCCUGAGCAAAAAGAGCGAGAGCCUGACGAAAUUCCAAGAAGAGAGCUAAAAACAGAAGAGUUGAAAAGUCUACUCGGAGUCCUUCCUCCGAUUGCCAAACCUAGAAAUAUUCCUGUCGGACCAUUGUCUUUAAAUGAUCCUCCAGCAGCCCCUUCACGAUCUAUUAAUCCGACUGGUAGAAUUGUUUUCGGUGAUCCCCUUCACUAUUCAUUCCCUCCUUCUGACUCCUCAUCGACAUCAUCGCCACGCCAAAAAGCACCUGUCCCUUUGCCGGAAUACGAAGGACCGAGUUUGGUGAAAGUGCGGAAACCUCUAUCACCAACGGACAAAGAUGUACUUGAGCCUGAAAUGAAAGUAUCAAUACAGCUGGAAUCAUUCGAACUACUUCCCGGUUCAAGUCUGAUUCCGUGGACUCGAGAGGAUACAAAGUGUUUUGUAGACUGGGUGUUUUUGGAUUUUCCUAAUGAGCAAUCCAAAAGUUCCGUGUUCAACUUUCCCAGAAGAUCACAGGAAAGUGUGGAACUGGAUUUCGUGAAAGAAUACACUCUGACACGAGGACAACUCUCCCUGCUUGAUCAAUGGAUUAAAAACAGCAUCAAGUUCGAGCUAACACUUGUUAAAGUCAGCCCCGGUGAUGAGGAAGAACUGGGAUUCGGGAGCAUCUUUUUGGGGUCCAACAACUCUCAAACCAAGUCUAUUGCUAUUGAAUUGUAUGAUCGAAAUACAAGUCCACAAGCAGAGCUGACCGUGACUGUGGAGUUUUCAAGAGCAUUGCUUCAGCAAUUGAAUCGAUAG